CGCGGCGGGCGGGCGGAGAGAGCAGAGGUGCAGCUUGUCGCUCCGUCGGUUACCCGAGCUCGCGCCAUGCUCGACCACUCUCGGCACGGGAUUUAAAAAUACAGACGAAUGUGUGGAUGGUUCACUUGAAGGAAAAAAAAUCUCUGAAAUUAUUGCGCAGAAAUCUUAAUUAGAGUGAGUGUGAAAAACUACCAAGAAUAACUACCUCGUUUAGAUAAUUACAAACUAGGAGUUGGAUAAUUUUGCUUCGAGUUAUGAUAAUUAAAAGUGAAAGUUUAAAAGCAAAAAGUUGUUAAGAGAAAAGAGAAGUGAUUGGGAAGAAAGAAUUGAAGGAAAAAAAAAAAGUGCAAUUUGGGGAAUUGUGAUGAUAAUGAGUCAAUCCUAAAAAUCGAGCAAAGAAUCUUUAAAUAAAUACAAAUAAACAACUCAAAUAAAGCUUAACACAAAAAUAUUUCCACCCUGUGCUUUCGUAAAGUUCCCCACCUUAGCUCCGCGGAUGACCUGUGACCCCCCUAAGUGACCUGUGCUACCCGAGAGCGACCAGUAGUCAACCUGUGACCCCUAGGUGACCUGUGCUACCCGAGAGCGACCAGUAGUCACGGAAGGUCACAGACCCUCGCCAACUACGCCACUUUUUCCCCCUCGACUGAGAUGACCGGAGCAGAGUAAUUGCUGGUUACCAUGGCGACCGUCAGGUGCCCCGUCGUCCUGGUGGUCCUCGGCGCCUGCGCAGUCGCUCAG